GGUGUCCGUGCUUCGGCACGUUGAAGUGAAGUUGGAAGAGAUGAUGGGAAAGGUUAUAUCAGGGACUAGACGACCGGAUGGAUGGUCCGCAGCAUAUUUAUUCUUUCGGCCCAAACUGCGACGUAGCUGCUACUACGACAAUGCUAUCGCCGCCACAUAUAACAACUAUAGUUACAUACGACAAACGCAAUUGCACCCACAAAACAACAACGCAAAUUCUACCACACAACAGGGCGCUGCCUCGACAACAACGCUAUGGCUCCACAUACGACUACAUAUGCAAAGAGGUUACUCGAUAGUAACUUCUUAUUCUUAUAAACGUCCACAGUUUAUCUCUUUACCAAGCAAUUCAAUGCCUCCUGGAUCAAUCAACAUUACAAAGUCUGACGCUUUAACGCGCGAACAGAAGGCUGCAAAUUUGAACAGAAGAUCAACGAGCAAUGAUGAUAAAGAUGAGCGAGCUCAUGACAGCAUGGCCGAUCUCGAUAAACUAGUAAAAAAAACUGGCAAGGACUAUAAAAAACAAACAAAGAGGGAUAACAGGCUGCCGUUGAAUCCCAUGAAUACAGAGAUUGCCCAAAAACGUAAGGAAUAUACAAUUCAGCUUACUCAACGAGAAAAGCGAGCAAAUUCGACGAUAGCGCAGAUAGUGUGUCGCCUGGCUGAGGCACAGUUUGCGUCUUUUAAUGAUUCGUUGAAGAAAUGCGGACCAAAUGAAAGAAUGGGCCCCAUUCGCUGGAGAAAACAUGCCUCCUCCCCAAGAAUUAAAUGA